CACAAAUGGGGAUUUAUCUUUCCAGACUCAAGCUUUAGUCAAGUUUAGUCAAGUUUCAGACUCUUUCGGCGGUUUUUUUUUGUCUAACCAAUUCCUAGUUUCACCUACCCUACUUCUCCCACAGUUCCAGCCUUCACAGCGGUUGCUUUUUUACGCUAACGCUUUUUUCCCCCUCAACUGACCCUUUGUCUGUUUAGACCUCAAUAUGGCACCAAGUUCCAGAAACCGCCUUGCAAUGUUUGGGGCGCACCUCAACGCACAGGACCCAACCAAGAUGGUUCCCCAGUUUCCACAAAUGUACGAUCACCAGAGGGAAGACUACUUUAUUAACCAGGCCAGGUCUAGUCAGCUCCCAAGAAUAUGCGACACCCCGAGCGAUCGCAUCUUACCUGAAAUUUCGCCUACUACCGUAUCAUGCGCUCCCUGCUUCAACGGGAUUGCCAUCCAAAACCUGUUUGCCACCAAGACUAACCCGACUACAGAACUAGCUGGCGAUUUCCAAAAAGUAUUGCAGAACGCAAGGGUAUUGUUCGGGUCUACCGAUCCAAAAUCUCAGCCUAUCGUCAUACCGGGCUCGGAAACGCUAGGUUGGGACAUUGUUGCCGGAAACUUGGCCAACCCCAGCGAUAAAAUUCUCACAGUAGCGAGUCCUCAGGCAUCGGAAAUGGUUUCUGACUCUUUAGAAAUGCAUAGAAUUACUGUGGUUCCUGUCGAGGGAAGAUUUGGGUCGUCAGGGAUACUUGGUGAGGUUGCUGAGAAGUUACGAGAAAGCAAAUACGAUGCCAUCAUCAUAACUCAUGUUGAAGAGUCAACCGGGUUGCGUUCAGACAUUCAAGAGAUAGCAACCACAGUGAGAGACGUUUCGCCCAACACGUUGGUAAUCGUAGACGCUACGUGGUCACUCGGCGUUGAGGAGAUCCAAUUCGAUAAAUGGGGUAUUGAUUUCGUGGUGUCCGCAUCACACACAAAAAUUGGGCUUCCAGUUGGUUUAAACAUAUGCUUUGCUUCUGAGAGGUCUGUCAUAAAAAUGACGAAAGAAGAGAAACGGGUGAUCCAUAGUGCCAGUAUGAGCAAAUGGAUCCCACGAAUGAAGGCGUUUGAGGCAGGGGAACAUGCUACUUUUCCAAAGUCUUCUGUGGAAUUGGUCCAUUCGUUGAAAGCCGCCCUAGGGGAAAUAGUGGGUGAAGGUUUGGACGAAAAAACUCAAAGCACAACUCUUUCUCAGAGGGUUGAGAAGUAUAGAACAACGAGGGAUUUUCUCCAGGAUGAGCUCUCUGGUUUGGGAUUCAAGGCUGUUUUGGGCCCAUUGUGUGCCGCACACGUUGUCUCUUAUUUCAUGGUGCCAAAUGGGUGUGACAUAGACCAUUUCAUUGCGUUGAUGGAAACAUCCGGAGUUCAUAUCGAAUCCAGCGCAAGCGGUACUUCAGCCAUCAAAUUUGAACACUCGUGGAACGAUAUAAAGGAAACUGCCUAUGCCCAAGAAGUUGUUGAUGCCGUGCGAGAGGCUUUACUUAUAAUCGAUACAGGUAAGUUAUAAGAUCUGUCUGUGCUUGUUGGCAAUCUCAAGGGCGUCGGUUUGUAAGUCGUCUGGAGUUUUGCAGUUUAUCUAAUCUACCUACGCUUAAGCGUGAUUGAAUUUUCGAGUUUGAUUACAGAGAUACCUCCAAAAGGCAAAUUAGAAAGCACUUACGUGAAGGUGUAGAUCGGUGGCAGCUAGGGCCGUUUUGAGUGUUAUAAAUAAACGAAAGCUGGGGCAGACUUGUUACUAUUCCC